AUGUUGUCGCGCCAUCUCGGCCGCAAGGCCGCGGAUCUCGGGAUCGCGCGGUCUCCGGCACUGCUGCGAUCGAUCGCAACCGUUCCCAUCGCCGACCGCCAUGCGAUCUUGUCGUCACCGCCUUUCACGCCCGUUCCAUCCUCUAUUACCGAAUCGCCCGCAGCGUUCCCAUCGCCACCCCAUUUCUGCUUCUCCCGAGGCUUUGCUGCCGAUGCAGCACUCACCACAGCUCCGCCCAUCUCCCCCACGGAGCUCGCCCUGAAAACCCCCUCCGCCACCAUCACCUACGACACCACCAUCCACGAGCGCCUGCCGCCCGGCGACCCGUCCAAGCGUGCCUUCACCUACCUCGUCCUCACGGGCGGCCGAUUCAUCUACGCGUCUGCCCUCCGCCUGCUCGUGCUGAAAUUCAUUCUCAGUAUGAGCGCGAGCAAGGAUGUGCUUGCGUUGGCUUCGCUCGAAGUGGACCUUGGGAACAUCGAGCCUGGUAACACGGUUACCGUGAAGUGGCGCGGGAAGCCGGUGUUCAUCCGCCGCCGUACGCCUGCUGACGUGGCGAAGGCCAAUGACGUGAACCUCUCGGAGCUUCGGGACCCCGAGCCUGAUUCGGCCCGGGCGCCGAAUCCAGAGUGGCUGGUUGUGAUUGGCGUGUGCACACAUCUGGGGUGUGUGCCGCUGCCGAAUGCGGGGGAUUACGGCGGGUGGUUCUGCCCGUGCCACGGGUCGCACUAUGACAUCUCAGGGCGUAUUCGCAAAGGACCGGCUCCCACCAACCUGGAAGUGCCGACUUACAAGUUCUUGGAUGAAACCAAGAGCACCGCCAGUCUCCCGUCGUCGAAGCAGUCCGUGCGAUCCCCUGCUAUGUCGCGCAAGGCCUCCAACGACCCCGUGCGACGCCUCGUGACGACGGCCGAGUUCUCCAAGGUUCCCCAGGAGCCCAUGGGCCUGUACGACCCUGCAUUGGACAGCGACGCCUGUGGUGUCGGCUUCGUUGCCGAGCUCUCCAAAAUCCCCACGCGCAAGACUGUGACUGAUGCGCUCGAGAUGCUUAUCCGCAUGGCGCAUCGUGGUGCGUGCGGUUGCGAGGUCAACACAGGUGACGGCGCCGGUAUCAUGGUGGCUCUGCCGCACGACUUUUUCGUCAAGGUUGCCAAGGUGGAUGCUGGCGUGACUCUCCCGGCGCUGGGGGAGUACGGCGUGGGAAUGUGCUUCCUCCCCACGGAUAAGAAGCGCAGGAACCGCGGCAAGGAGGCGUUCAACAAGGUGGCGGAGGAGAUGGGGUGCAAGGUGCUGGGGUGGCGGCGCGUGUUAACGGACAACGCGGAUCUGGGCAAGGCGGCGCUGGACACGGAGCCCAUCGUGGAGCAGGUCUUCCUGCUCGUCAACAAGGACUCGCACCUCGAGGCCGAGCAGCAGAUGUGGCUGCUGCGCCGCACUGCCAUGAAGGCCGUUCGUGAGGCGCUCAACCUCAAGGUCGGCGGCACCCGCGACUUCUACAUUUGCUCGCUCUCCACCAGGACGAUUGUCUACAAGGGGCAGCUGAAGCCGGAGCAGCUGCAGGGCUACUACCACGCCGACCUCGACGACGCUCGCUUCACCUCUUACAUGGGCCUCGUGCACUCGCGGUUCUCAACGAACACUUUCCCGAGCUGGGAGCGCGCGCAGCCGAUGCGCAUUCUGGGGCACAACGGCGAGAUCAACACGCUGCAGGGCAACGUUAACUGGAUGCGCGCGCGCGAGGGGCUGAUGAAGUGUCCGGGGCUCGGCAUUUCCAAGGAGGAGCUGGACGCCGUGCUGCCCGUCAUCGACGCCAACUCGUCCGACUCGGGCGCGUUCGACGGCGUCCUCGAGAUGCUGGUGCGCGCCGGCCGCACGCUCCCCGAGGCGGUCAUGAUGAUGAUUCCCGAGGCGUGGCAGAACGACAAGAACAUGUACCCCGAGAAGAAGGCGCUCUAUGAGUACCUCUCCGCGCUCAUGGAGCCCUGGGAUGGGCCCGCCCUCAUCGCCUUUUCCGACGGGAAGUACGUGGGUGCGACUCUUGAUCGCAACGGUCUGCGUCCCGGCCGCUACUACGUGACGCACAGCGGCCGCGUCAUCAUGGCCAGCGAGGUGGGCGUCGUUGACGUGGACCCUGCUGACGUGGCGCGCAAGGGCCGCCUGAACCCCGGAAUGAUGCUAUUGGUGGACUUCGAGAAGCACGAGGUGGUGGACGACGAAGCGCUCAAGCGCCAAUACUCGAGCCAGCGCCCCUACGGCGAGUGGCUGGCCAAUCAGAAGCUGACACUCGGCGACAUCGUCGCGUCCGUCCCGGAGGCGGACCGCGUGCCGCCGCCGAUCGCGGGCGCGACGGAAGUCGAUCCCUCCGCUGAUAAGACGAUGGAGACGAUGGGUAUCAACGGGCUGACGACGCCGCUGAAGGCGUUCGGGUACACGAUCGAGGCUCUGGAGAUGCUGCUGCUGCCCAUGGCGCAGACGGGGUCCGAGGCGCUGGGAUCCAUGGGGAAUGACACUCCGCUGGCGUGCAUGUCCACGCGGCCCAAGCUCAUGUCGGAGUAUUUCAAGCAGCUCUUCGCGCAGGUCACCAACCCCCCCAUUGAUCCCAUCCGCGAGGCGGUUGUCACGUCGACCGAGUGCAUGGUGGGUCCGGAGGGGGAUCUGACGGAGACGACUGAGGAGCAGGCGCACAGGCUGUCGCUCAAGGGCCCGCUGCUGACGCCGGAGGAGACGGAGGCGAUGAAGAAGAUGGACCACCGCGGCUGGCGCACGGCCGUCGUGGAUAUCACGUUCGCCAGGAGCGAGGGGCCGGACGGGCUUGAAAAGGCGCUGGAUCGGAUCUGCGCUGAGGCGAGCCUGGCGAUCGAGGCUGGUUACAAGAUGCUCGUGCUGUCUGACCGAGCCACGUCCCCGACCCGCGUGCCCGUGAGCGCGCUCCUGGCCGUGGGCGCGGUGCACCAGCACCUGGUGCGCACGCUGCAGCGUACGCGGAUCGGCAUCGUGGUGGAGUCGGGCGAGCCCCGCGAGGUGCACCACUUCUGCACGCUCGUGGGGUUCGGCGCCGACGCCAUCUCGCCCUACGUCGCCACCGAGGCCAUCUGGCGCCUGCAGGUGGACGGCAAGAUCCCGCCCAAGGCGGACGGGUCGCUCCGCACCAAGGACGAGCUCAUUCGCACGUACUUCAACGCGAGCAACGCGGGUAUGCUCAAGGUGCUGGCGAAGAUGGGCAUUUCCACGCUGGCUUCGUACAAGGGCGCGCAGAUCUUCGAGGCCUUGGGGUUGUCGAGCGACGUGGUGGACCGGUGCUUCCGGGGCACGGCGAGCAGGAUUCAGGGCGUGUCGUUUGACAUUCUGGCGGCUGAUGCGAUCCGUAUGCACGACCAGGCGUUCCCGCUGGGGACUGAGAAGAACCUUGCGGAGGAUUCCGCGGAUGCUAUUGCGGUGCCGAACCCUGGGGAUUACCAUUACAGGAAGGGUGGGGAAGUGCAUUUGAACGAUCCGGUGGCGAUCUCGCGGCUGCAGGAGGCCGCGCGGACGAAUAGCCCGGCGGCUUAUAAGGAGUAUGCGGCGAUUACGAACACGCUGAACCAGCAGUGCAACCUGCGCGGCAUGCUGAAGUUCAAGCCGGCGCCAGGUGGCGCGAUACCAUUGGAGGAGGUGGAGCCGGCGAGCGAGAUUGUGAAGCGGUUCUGCACGGGAGCCAUGAGCUACGGGUCUAUCUCUCUUGAGGCGCAUCAGAGCCUGGCGAUUGCUAUGAAUACGAUUGGAGGGAAGUCGAACACGGGCGAGGGAGGCGAGAACCCGUCCCGGCUGGUCCCUAACCCGGACGGGAGUAACAAUAUCCUCAGGUCGUCGAUUAAGCAGAUUGCGAGCGGGCGGUUUGGCGUGUCGGCGUAUUACCUGACGAACGCGGACGAGCUGCAGAUUAAAAUGGCUCAGGGCGCGAAGCCCGGAGAGGGAGGCGAGCUGCCCGGGCACAAGGUGAUCGGGGAUAUUGCCAUCACGAGGAACAGCACGCCGGGAGUGGGGCUCAUCAGCCCGCCGCCCCACCACGACAUCUACUCCAUUGAAGAUCUGGCGCAGCUCAUUUACGAUCUCAAGAACUCCAACCCGGGUGCGCGUGUGAGCGUGAAGCUGGUGUCCAAGGCGGGUGUGGGAGUGAUUGCAAGCGGAGUGGUGAAGGGCCAUGCGGACCAUGUGCUCAUCUCGGGCCACGACGGCGGCACCGGUGCGUCCCGCUGGACCGGCAUCAAGUCCGCCGGCCUCCCCUGGGAGCUCGGCAUCGCCGAGACCCACCAGACGCUCGUGGCCAAUGACCUGCGCGGCAGGACUGUGCUGCAGGCGGACGGGCAGAUGAAGACCGGAAAGGAUAUCACAGUCGCGGCGCUGCUCGGUGCUGAGGAGUUUGGGUUUUCGACCGCGCCGCUGAUUACCCUUGGGUGUAUUAUGAUGAGGAAGUGCCAUAAGAAUGUGUGCCCGGUCGGGAUUGCGACCCAGGACCCGGUGCUUCGCGCGAAGUUUUCCGGGCAGCCGGAGCACGUGAUCAACUAUUUCUUCAUGGUGGCGGAGGAGGCGCGCGAGUACAUGGCGCAGAUGGGCUUUAAGACCAUGGACGAGAUGAUCGGCCGCGCCGACAUGCUGGAGCAGGACAUGGAGCUCUGUAACUCCAACCCCAAGCUGCACAACAUCGACCUCUCCGUGCUGCUCACCCCCGCCGCCACCCUCCGCCCGGGGGCGGCCCAGCGGUGCGUGCAGAAGCAGGACCAUGCUCUCGAGCUGGCGCUCGACCAGAAGCUGAUUCAGCUUGCGCAGCCCGCGAUCACGCAGAAGAUUCCGGUGUUUGCCGAGGUGCCGAUUGUGAAUGUGAACCGCGCCGUGGGGACCAUGCUGUCGCACGAGGUCACCAAGGUGCAUCGCCUGGAGGGCCUCCCUGCUGAUAUGAUCCAUUUCAAGCUCACGGGCAGCGCUGGGCAGAGCUUCGGCGCGUUUACCUGCAAGGGGCUGACUCUGGAGCUGGAGGGGGAUAGCAAUGAUUAUGUGGGCAAGGGGCUGUCUGGCGGGAAGCUGAUUAUCUACCCGCCCGCCGCGUCGACGUUUGAUCCCAAGGAGAAUAUCAUCAUUGGGAAUGUGGCGCUGUAUGGUGCUACGUCUGGCGAGGCGUAUUUCUGCGGUAUGGCUGCGGAGCGGUUUGCAGUGAGGAAUUCUGGAGCUAGGGCGGUUGUUGAGGGUGUGGGGGACCACGGGUGCGAGUACAUGACGGGCGGCACAGUGGUGAUUCUGGGCGGCACUGGGAAGAACUUCGCCGCGGGAAUGAGCGGCGGGACGGCGUACAUCCUCGACCGGGAGGGAGACUUCCACAAGAGAUGCAACACAGGGCUUGUCGACCUCGACCCUGUAGUGGAAGAGGCAGACGUGCUGCUGCUGCGCUCCAUGAUUCAGCAGCACCAGAGGUAUACCAAGAGCAAGCUGGCAGGGGAGGUGCUGGCGGAGUUUGAGGAGCUGCUGCCCAAGUUCGUGAAGGUGUUCCCGAGGGACUUUAAGAGGGUGCUGGAGGAGGAGAGGGUGAAGCGGGAGAAGGAGGCGGCGGCGCUCAAGGAGAAGGACGCGUUCGAGGAGCUCAAGAAGCUGGCGGCCGCGAGUGGAGGGGAGGUCAACGGGUCCGCUGCUGUGGUACCCCCCAAGCGCCCCACGCGCCUCCCCACGCCCGUCAAGUUCGGGGGGUUCAUGAAGUACGAGCGCGAGCCGCUGCCUUACCGCCCGGCUGAGGAGCGCCUCACUGACUGGGGCGAGGUGCUGGCCUCCGACCCCGGCCGCCCCGAGCUCCUCAAGACCCAGUCCGCCCGCUGCAUGGACUGCGGCACGCCCUUCUGUAACCAGGACAAGUCGGGGUGCCCGCUGGGGAACAAGAUUCCCGAGUUCAAUGAGUUGGUGUACCAGGGCCGGUGGAAGGAGGCGCUGGAUCGGUUGCUCGAGACGAAUAACUUUCCUGAGUUUACGGGGCGGGUGUGCCCUGCGCCGUGCGAGGGCGCAUGCGUGCUGGGGAUUAUUGAGAACCCCGUGUCGAUUAAGACGAUGGAGCUGAGCAUCAUUGACAAGGCGUAUGAGAUGGGAUGGAUGGUGCCCCGCCCGCCUGCCAAGCGCACUGGCAAGAAGGUGGCGGUGAUUGGCAGUGGCCCCGCCGGUCUGGCCGCGGCCGACCAGCUGAACAAGCGCGGGCACACGGUGACGGUGUACGAGCGGGCGGACCGCAUCGGAGGGCUGAUGAUGUAUGGCGUGCCCAACAUGAAGACGGACAAGACCCAUGUGGUGCAGCGCCGUGUGGACCUCAUGGCCGCCGAGGGCAUCACCUUCGUCACCAAUGCACAUGUGGGCGUGGACGAGCAGUACAGCCUGGACAAGCUCCGAGCAGACACUGAUGCUAUGCUGCUUGCCUGCGGGUCGACCAAGCCAAGGGAUCUGCCUGUCCCCGGGCGCGAGCUCAAGGGCGUGCAUUUCGCGAUGGAUUUCCUAUCGGCGAACACCAAGUCGCUGCUGGACAGCGGGCUGAAGGAUGGGAGGUUUAUCUCGGCGGAGGGCAAGAAGGUGGUGGUGAUUGGUGGGGGUGACACGGGCACGGACUGCAUUGGGACCAGUCUGAGGCACGGGUGUGAGUCGCUGGUGAAUCUAGAGUUGCUGCCGCAGCCGCCGCCGUCCCGCGCUGAUGGCAACCCCUGGCCGCAGUGGCCGCGCAUCUUCCGCGUGGACUAUGGCCACGAGGAGGCCAAGACCAAGUUCGGGGCGGAUCCCCGCUCCUACGAGGUUCUCACCAAGCGCUUCAUCGGUAACGAUGCGGGUGAACUGACGGGCAUCGAGACAGUGCGCGUGCAGUGGGCGAAGGACGCUUCUGGGCGGUUCCAGAUGAGCGAGGUGGCCGGGUCCGAGGAGGUGAUCCCUGUCGACCUCGCUCUGCUCGCCAUGGGCUUCCUGGGUCCCGAGCAGAACGUGGCGGAGAAGCUGGGGCUCAAGACGGACGCGAGGAGCAACUUCCAGGCGGACUAUGGGCAGUUUGCCACCAACCUGGAGGGCGUCUUUGCUGCCGGCGACUGCCGUCGCGGACAGUCUCUGGUGGUGUGGGCUAUCGCGGAGGGCCGUGGCGCAGCGGCGAACAUCGAUGCAUAUGUGAUGCGCGGAGAGGAGGUGGACAUGGCACCGGAAGAGAGGGAGCUCGUGGAGGUGGCUGCCAGGGCUGUUGUUGCUGUGGACGCUGCUGAGCGGAGCGCUGCCACCAAUGGCAGUGCCACUAACGGGAGUGCCACUAAUGGAAGUGCUACAAAUGGCAGUGCCACGAAGGGGAGAGCGUUCCCAGAGGGCGUGGAGCAGGCACGCGUGGAAGCAGUUGAUGCGUGUCUGAUGGUGGAGGGAGAGGACGACACGGAGCACAUUGAAGCGUGUGUGGAGAAGAGUGUUGAGGCUGCUGCCUUAGGGGAUGGUACCCCUGUGUCAGAGCAAAGCUAUUAG